AUGGAAAAAUUAUUAGACUAUUUGGAGCCAAAAACUUUCAACAAAAUUCACUAUGUAGCAGUGGUUUUUUGGAUCGUGACUGGUGUCAUCUUCCUUGCUGUAUUCGCCGACAUGGAAAACAGCGAACCCAGGUUUGAUUUCCGCUGUGGGGCAGCGAAAAGUGAAACCAUCGACCUCGUCCGGGGAAAAUGUUACGAGAAAUACCAGGAGCAGUACAACAAAUUCGCUUUGCCUGUCUAUGGCUUCGUAAUCAUGAAUUUCGUCCUUAUUAUAUUUGUAUGUGUUAUCUACUCCCAAAUAGUAAGACCAACAGUCAAUCGACUGUCGCGAAGCAUUCGUAACGGUGAUCCAGAGAGACAGUCGCGCGACCAAGAGAACGCAUUAUCAAUGGGAUACAAGCUUUUUAUCGCUUACUACUGUCAACUAUCCAUAAGACUUGUUUUAGGAGUUGUUUUCAUCAUCCUACAAACUCAGUUGCUUUAUCCUUUGAAGUUUUCCUCCAAUUUUCACUGUUAUUUAACCGAUGGAACCAAUCAGCCAAGAAAUUCAUCUGAUUUACACGACUGUCACAAUCAAGGAGCGGUAAGGAAAAACUCCUGGAUGCGCGGUGUCCUUAUAGUGAAUGGAAUCGUUGUCGUUGGCAUUCUUAUUGAAAUCAUCUACAUUUCUUUGCGGGCAUGCAAAGAAAGGGAUUUCAUGCAAAACUCAAAGUUUCAAACAUCUCAUCUAAUUCACCGGGUAGAGGAAAGUAAAGACCAUGAGACGAACAUCCCACAUUUGCCGAGAGGGCCUAAACAACUCUUAAAACCAUCGCUUCAGGAAUUCAUCCACAAUACAAAGAAAAUGAUUAUAGACGACACUUAUCAACCUCCACAACUCCGGUCGCUUUUUCCAAGUCCUCCUGGCAAAGGACACCCACCUAAACAUUUGACUCUGGAUCAGAUUUACACAAACCUUGUUGUUGUACCUGACAUGGCUGAAUAUGACUUUACGGAAGACAGACGGAAGAAUUUGGAAAUCUACGCCAGGUCGGGCGGGAAAAACGAAACACCGAAAGGGCCAGAGGACAUUCUUACUCACGAAAACAAAAACAUUUUGAUUGUCGGUCGUCCCGGAAUCGGAAAGACUCUUUGUUGUGCAAAAAUUCUCAGAGACUGGGCAUCUAACAAAGUAUUCCAUCAAACACCCGAUAACAAAAUCCACUUCGAUGCUGCUUUCUUCGUCAAAUUCAGAACAUUCAACGCUGCAACCGACCUUAGCCUCAGGGAGCUACUGACCCGCUCCACAUACUCACCCAGGAAUGAGUUGGAUGAGGAAGUCUGGAAUUACAUCCUAAAAAACCCCCAGAAAGUUCUCCUUAUUUUCGAUGGAAUUGAUGAGUUUAAAUUUAACUCAGAGAUCAGCAAGAAAGAUAAUGAACCUCAGUUCAGAAACAGCGUCGAUGAGAAGAUGCCGCUCUCUGCUCUUUAUGCCAAGCUUGCGACUGGGAAUCUUCUUAACGGAGCAGCCGUUUUGACAACCACAAGACCUACAGCUCUGUCAUGCAUCGAAAGUAUUCCUUUUGACAAAAUCUUUGAAAUCCUUGGCUUUUCACCCGAACAAGUCAAAGAGUACGUAACCAAAUUUGCUGGAGAAGACGAGGAAGCAGGCGAAACAGUAAUGCGACACAUCACCAGCAACAUCAAUAUUUUAUCUCUCUGUUACAUUCCUGCGAGUUGCUUCAUCAUUUGCUCAAGUCUCUUUAAAAUGGUGAAGUUCUACGGUUCUAAAAGUCUUUACCUACCAUCAAGUUUAACAGACAUUUACGAGAAAGCCGUGAAAAUAUUCUACUUAAGACACAACGAAGAAUUUCGAAAUAAACAUUUUACUCGCGAAGACUUUGAAUCAAAUGAUCUGCCCCCUGAAGAAGAAAAGAAAUUGGAGAAACUGGAAAAAAUGGCAUUUGAAGGAAUUAAAGAAGGAAGGCUAAUCUUUGGAGGGAACGAAGUACGCGGAGUGAGAGACAGCGCUCUAUUUCACCGCUUACCCGACCGUGAAAUUGACUCGUAUCAUAGAGAAGAACAGUUCUGUUUCAUUCACCUUACAAUGCAGGAGUUUUUCGCUGCGAGGCACCUGACAAACAUGAGUGAAACAGAAUUAAGGAACUUUGUUUCCGAGAACAUCAAGGAGGGCAAAUGGCAGCUGGUUUUUCAGUUUCUAGCAGGAUUAAUGAAGAAUAAAAAUCACCUACCAAGCGAAAUUAUCACUGACCUUCUUCCUGUGGAAACUGAAGAAAAAAACCCACUCAGCAAAGAACAGUGGCCAGAGAAUGAAGAGGAAAGGGAAGUAACCUGCUGGCCGACUAUGGACGAACAACAUUUAGCAAUAACAGUAAUUAAGUGUUUAAACGAAAAUAGUAGAAUGAAGUUAGAAGCACAGAGAAAACUUCAACAAAUUAAUUUUAAUUGUUUAAAUUUUCCUUUAUGUUUGCUCACAGCUGUUGAUUGCUCUUCGUUAGUAAACGUAAUUAAUGUUCAGCAAAUUUCACAUUUAGAGUUGACUCGUAAUAACAUCGGUCCAUUAGGUUGCUAUGAGAUUUGUAAAUUGUUAAAAUCUCAACUGAGCUGGUUAAACCUCGAAAAGAAUCAAUUGACAGAUGAAGCAGCAAAGUAUUUAGCUGAAGCCAUCAAAAACAACUGUCAGCUUCACACGUUAGCCCUCUCAAGAAAUAACAUCUCACACAUCGGAACACAGCACUUGGCUGAAGCCAUCAGCAACAACAACUGUCAACUACGCGCGUUAGACCUCUCCAGAAAUAACAUCUCACAUAUUGGAGCACAGCACUUAGCUGAAGCCAUCAACGACAAAAACUGUCAACUACGCACGUUAAACCUCACAAGAAAUAACAUCUCAGACAUUGGAGCACAGCACUUGGCUAAAGCCAUCAACAACAACAACUGCCAGCUACGCACGUUAAACCUCAAAGCAAAUGACAUCUCAGACAUUGGAGCACAGCACUUGGCUGAAGCCAUCAACAACAACAACAACUGUCAGCUACGCUUGUUAAUGCUCCAUGAAAAUAUCUUCUCAGACAUUGGAGAACAGCUCUUGGCUGAAGCCAUCAUUAACAACAACAACAGCUGUCAGCUACGCUUGUUCAUGCUCCAAGAAAAUUUCAUCUCAGACAUUGCAGAACAGUUCGUGACUGACAUCAUCAACACCUGGCAGAUAGGCACGUAA